CUUUAAAAUGGCUUGUCCCUUUAACUGCGGAAUGGGAGAUUGGGACCUGGGGCAGUUAUUACCAAUUCUAAUGAGUGAACAAAACAUUGGUUUUUUCUAUGAAUCAACAGCCAUAUUAUUACUUCUUUUUUUUUCUUCUCCCUAAUGAGUAUCAAAUUUUAAAGGCAUUAUAUCAUUUGGUUAGGGCAAAUGGGCAGUAUGUAGCACCAACUAUCCCCAUUGAGCAAUGGUGAUAAUAUUUCUUGAAAUGAUAAGAUUCUCUGCCAAUUACUAGAAAUUUGCAAUUGAAAAUUCACUGUUAGUCACCUUGUUAAUUAAUUGAAAAUAUUUCAUAACAUGUGCUUGGAAGACACUUUUCAUUUUCAAACUGAAUUUAUGAAGUUGAUGGCACCUAGGUUAUAUUAGGAAGACUUUCUUGUAACUUUUAGGAGUUUCUUCGUUUGUGCUUGGAAGACACUUUUCAUUUUCAAACUGAAUUUAUGAAGAUGAUGACUCUAUGUUAUAUUAGGAAGACUUUCUUGUAAACUAUAGGAAUUAUUCUCACGUUGUUGUUAUACUCAAUUACUCUGUUGUUUUUUUAGCUUGUAUUUGUGUAUGUUUAAAUUUGGCUUGAAGAAUGGUUCGACUUAUGUAGUCUCAAAGCUAUAUCAUCUAAAAGAAUUUCUGCUGCUAUGUGAGUGUGAGGAUAAUGUUUAAUAUGGCUACGAGAAAUGGAUCCUCUGAUGUGCCUCAGAAGGUGUCUCCACGUGCUGUACGCCAACUCAAGCCUACUACUCUGGACAUUGAUUCUGCAUCUUCUUUAAGUCAGGCUACUAAAUCAUCAAAAGAAAGAAGCCCCAAAGUCACUGACCGCAGAUCACCCAGAAGCCCAGUUAUUGAGAGGAAGCGCCCUAGCAAAAUAUCUGAGUUGGAAUCUCAAAUUUCUCAACUCCAAAAUGAUUUGAAGAAGGUGAGGGACCAGUUUAUCUUGUCCGAAUCAUGCAAGAAGCAAGCUCAGCAAGAAGCUGAGGAGUCCAAGGAGCAACUAUUGGCCCUAUCUGCAAAACUUGAAGAGUCACAAAAACAAGUUCUGGAUCUUUGUGCUACUGGAGAAGCUCGUGUUCUUGAGCUCCAGAAAAUUGUAGAAGAACGUGAUAUGGCAUGCCGAUCUGAGCUUGAGGCCUCCAAAAAGCAGCUCUCAGUUGAGUCUGCUUCCCUGGCAUCUGCAGCGAAUGAAAUUCAGUUGCUCAAGGCGCAACUUGAAUUGGUUGCUAAUUGUGAGAGCGUGCAAUCUCAACAUGCAGAAUCAGCAGACAUGGAGCUACUAAACCUUAAGCAGAACUUGUCAGAAACUCUUUCUCUUGUGGACGCCUUGAAAAACCAAGUAAGGGAUUGCAAAGAGUCUGAAGCUCAGGCCCAAGCAUUGGUCAAUGAAACUACGGUGCAACUUGAGGCCGCAAAAGGAACUGUUGAGUUCCUAAGGGCUGAUGUUGCAAGAGCUGUUGAUGGCUACAACUCCGUUGCUUUAGAGUUAGACCAGUCUAAAGCUCGGGUGAACUCACUAGAGGCACUUGUUAGCAAAAUUGAGAAAGACCCCAUCAAUAAUAAAUGCAUCCCUUCUGAAAAUGUUGCAGAUGACCAUAAAUCUGAGCACCAACCUGAAAUAUUGAAAGAGGGAGAGGAUCCUAAUCAGCUGGAAGCAGAAGUUGUUUCUUUGAAGUCCGAGGUUGAACAAUUGAGAUCUGCUAUAGAGACUGCUGAGACUAAAUACCAAGAGGAACAGAUUCGAAGCAUGGUGCAGAUCAGGAAUGCAUAUGAGUUAGUAGAGCAGAUAAAAUCUGAAUCAGGUAAGAGGGAAUGUGAGCUAGAGGCUGAGUUGAAAAAGAAGAAAGCUGAUAUUGAAGAGUUGAAGGCUAACCUAAUGGACAAGGAAACUGAGUUGCAAGGCAUUGUGGAGGAGAAUGACAACUUGAACCUAAAACUUGAAGAGAGCAUGUCAUCCAAAAAUGAGCACAAACUCAAAAGGGAAAUUAAAAGACUAGCAGAAUGUGUGGCAGAACUGAAGGCGGAUAUGAUGGACAAGGAGACAACACUGCAAAGCAUAUCUGAAGAGAACGAAAUGCUGAAAUCGGAAAUCAACAACAGUGGCAAAGCGAGAGAGGAAGUUGCUGCUGAAGUAGAGGGAGCCAAGGCGGCAGAACACGAGGCUCUCAUGAAACUUGGGAUUGUGAUGGAGGAAGCAGAUAAGAGCAACAAGAAGGCUGCAAGAGUGGCUGAGCAGCUGGAAGCGGCACAAGCUGCAAACUUGGAAAUGGAAGCUGAACUGAGAAGACUGAAGGUGCAGUCUGAUCAGUGGAGGAAGGCUGCAGAGGCAGCUGCUGCUAUGAUUUCAACAGGGAACAACAAUGGGAGGCUCACAGAGAGAACUGUGUCUUUGGAUAACAACAACUAUAUGUGCUCACCCUAUGCUGAAGACAUGGAUGAUGAUUUCCAGAGGAAGAAAAAUGGCAACAUGCUGAAGAAGAUUGGAGUCUUGUGGAAGAAGCCUCAAAAAUAGUUGUGAUGAUGUCUGAUUUAUGAAGUGUUCUGAAAUUGUAGUCCAAUAAAUAGUGUGUUCAUGUCAUGUUUAUUACUAUGUCUUUUGCAAUUGUCUGACCCCUACAUUACCCUCUGCACUGCACUGUAAAUCCUGCCCCUAUCUGAAACUGUUUGUGAACUGUACUUGAAACAUUGGCGUUUAAUUAUUGAAUGAACUAAGCUCUUAACAUAAUUCUCCUCCA